AGUCCACUUCAUACGAAAGUGUUUGUGUUUGUUUGCACUUUUGCACUUUUGUUUAUGAUUUGUUAAGCGGUAAUCAUGGAAGCCGGCUUAAAUCAACCAGCGCCCGAGAAACGCGUUGUGCUAGCGUCGUUGUCGACUGGAAAGUUUUUUGAAAUCCCAGAAAAGGACAUUGCAGGUCGAUGCCGGUUAGUUACAGACUUCGAAAAACUUAACAGGAUUGGAGAAGGCACAUAUGGAAUCGUCUAUAGGGCGCAGGACUUGAAAUCCCGAGAAGUUGUUGCAAUGAAGAAAGUACGAAUGGAACAGGAAAAAGAUGGCAUUCCUGUCAGUGGGUUGCGAGAAAUCAACCUCUUGCUCAAUAUUCAGCACCAAAAUAUUGUUAAUCUGAAGGAAGUUGCUGUUGGUAAAAGCUUGGAAAGCAUUUUUCUCGUGAUGGAGUACUGCGAGCAAGACCUGGCAAGCUUGCUGGACAACAUGCAAAGUCCGUUUUCCGAGUCACAGGUGAAGUGCAUCAUGAUGCAGCUGUUCAAAGGUCUUCAAUACCUGCAUAAGAACUUCAUCGUUCACAGGGAUUUAAAAGUCUCAAACCUCCUGCUGACUGACAAAGGCUGCCUAAAAAUUGCCGAUUUUGGACUUGCAAGAAAGUAUGGUCUCCCUGUGAAGCCUAUGACACCACGUGUAGUUACACUUUGGUAUCGUGCACCAGAACUGCUGUUGCAAGCCAAGACCCAGACAACAGCCAUUGACAUAUGGGCUGCUGGCUGUGUCCUGGGGGAGCUGCUGUUACAUAAGCCCCUGCUGCCAGGGCGCUCUGAGAUUCACCAACUGGAACUAAUCAUCGAUUUGCUGGGAACACCCAACGACAUGAUAUGGCCUGGGUAUUCGAAGCUGCCAGCACUAGAAAAUUUCACCCUCAAGCAGCAGCCGUACAACAACCUGAAGCAUUUCUUCCCCUGGCUCUCACCAGCUGGCAUCCGCCUUUUGAAUUUCCUCUUCAUGUAUGACCCAAAGAAAAGAGCCACUGCAGAGGAGUCACUCCAAAGUUCCUAUUUCUCUGAACCUCCCUUGCCCUGUGAAGCAGAACUUAUGCCUUCGUUUCCACAGCAUCGGAACUUGAAGCGGUCUUCAUUGGGAAGCCUUUCAGAAGAAAUCUUGCUGCACUCUCCGGCUGGCCCGUGAACAUGGCAGAUCGUAUGGCAGCAACUUAAUGACCACUGGUUUCCUAAAGAAGACAGCAAAACUCAUCUAAAAGUGGUGGUCUGUGGAACAUUCCCGGAUAUUGCAGACAUGAAGACGAGCUAUUGCAGCACAGAAUUUGAUUCUCAUCUCAACAAUGUUCAUUAAA